GCAGAUCUGACGUAAAUUUGUUAAAGAUGGCGUGGAACGUCAGUGGCCUCAUGAGAACAUGCAGAUUUCUUCUCUUAGUGAUUUUGUUUCUGCCAUGUGAGGUGACAACUUCUGUUUUAACCGUGAAUAAUAGCACUGAGAACUAUAUCCUGGACACUGAGCCUGGCUCCCAAGAAUCUUUGAAAUGUGCUGUUCAUAACCACACCAGAGAGGAAGAACUUCUCUGGUACCGAGAAGAGGGGACAGUGGAUUUGAAAUCUGGAAACAAAAUCAACUCCAGUACGGUCUGUGUUUCUUCCAUCAGCGAAAAUGACAACGGAGUCACCUUUACCUGCAAGCUACAGAGGGACCAGUCGGUGUCCGUUUCAGUGGUGCUGAAUGUCACUUUUCCUCCUAUUCUAAGUGGAGAUGACUUCCAAACAGCUGAGGAAGGCAAUGAUGUGAAGCUGGUUUGCAGCGUGAAAUCCAACCCCCAGGCUCAAAUGACGUGGUACAAAAACAGUAACAUCCUGAUUUUAGAGAAAAAUUACCAAGUCCAUCAGACAAGUGAGUCUCUCCAACUGUCAAUCACCAAAGUCAAGAAAUCUGACAAUGGAACCUACAGCUGUGUUGCAAAUUUAUCCGGGCGAAUGGAGACCAAGGACUUCCACCUCAUCGUCAAAGAUAGAACUAUGACUAUGCCAAUAGAACCUGUUAUUGCUGCGUGUAUUGUGGUCUUUCUGACGCUGUGCUUUGGACUCAUUGCUAGAAGAAAAAGAAUAAUGAAGCUGUGCAUGAAGGAUGAAGGUCCUCAAAGAGACACGGCUCUGUAA